CAGUCAUUUCUUCAUCACUCAGAGGUGUGACACUAACGUUGCAAACACAAGAUAUGGAUCAUUUGUAGUGAAAGAUAAAUGGAACUUUCUGUCUCUCUGUUUAACUGAACAGAGCAGAGAACCUGAUAAUCAUCUCACAUUCACAUGCAGAAACUCACACUCCUCCUCAUGCAUGUUCAUACACACAUACUUGCAUCUGUACAAGUCAGUGACGCCAAAAGGACAAACAUGUUCACACACCAGUGAGAGUUGGAACUCCUGUUACUUGUCCUGAUUUAUCAGACCGUGGAGUUUGAGAAUCACUGCUACUGUAGGCAGUCUGAUUCUCAUCAGUGCUCUUUCCUAUAGCCAAUAGGCUCUGAUUAUCACGAUCCAGGGGUCUCAGGGCCAAAACAAUUGAAGUUGCACACACAACGCAGCACGGUAUCCUGUGAUAGAAUCAACACCUGACACCUCGAAAACAGGAAAAACGUUUCAGCAGGAACACAGAUGUGUAGUAGAGUUUAGAGGAGGGGAGGAGCAUGAACGGAGCUAUAUAACCCAUGUGAUGAAGUCACAUCUCCACUGUGGACAGAGAAGACAGAGGGACACAUCCAUCAUGUCGUACUAUGAGCAUAUCCUUGUGGACUACGACUACAAUGACACGGGUUCAGGGUCAGGGUCUGGUGACCUGGGGGUGGAUCUGGAGGAGCCGUGUCAUAUGGAGCAUGUGAGGACCGCUGCACUCCAACAGGUUUUCCUGCCUGUGGUCUACGCACUCAUCUUCACUCUGGGCAUCACUGGAAAUGGACUGGUGGUCAUAGUCCUAGGCUGUCAGCGCAGGUCCAAAUGCAGCCUCACAGACCGCUAUCGGCUCCAUCUGUCCGCCGCUGACCUCCUCUUCGUGCUGGCGUUGCCGUUCUGGGCAGUGGAUGCCGCCUUGGCCGACUGGCGCUUCGGAUCAGCGGCCUGCGUCUGCGUACAUGUGAUCUACACGGUCAACCUGUACGGCAGCGUCCUCAUCCUGGCCUUCAUCAGUCUGGACCGCUACCUGGCCGUGGUCAAAGCCACAGACACCAACACUGGUGGGCUGAGGCAGCUGCUGGCCCACCGACUGGUUUAUGUGGGUACGUGGCUUCCAGCUGCUCUUCUCGCCGUUCCCGAUUUGAUUUUUGCUCGGACUCAGGAAGGAGGCGAAGGGGCCACUCUGUGCCAGCGGUUCUACCCGGCAAACAACGCUCCUUUGUGGGUUGCAGUUUUCCACCUCCAGCUGGUCCUGGUGGGUCUGGUGAUCCCGGGCCUGGUUCUCUUGGUGUGCUACUGUGUGAUUGUCACGAGGCUGACCCGAGGCCCGCUGGGGGGCCAGAGGCAGAAGCGGCGGGCAGUCAGGACCACCAUCGCCCUGGUUCUCUGCUUCUUCGUGUGCUGGCUGCCUUAUGGGGCGGGCAUCUCCGUGGACGCCCUGCUGCGGUUGGAGGUCCUGCCCCGGAGCUGCAGCCUAGAGGCCGUCCUGGGCGUGUGGCUGGCGGUGGCUGAGCCGAUGGCGUUCGCCCACUGCUGCCUGAACCCUCUGUUGUACGCCUUUCUGGGGGCUGGGUUCAAGAACUCAGCCCGUAGAGCCCUGACGCUGAGCCGGGCCUCCAGUCUGAAGAUCCUACCACGGAGACGCACCGGGGCCUCGACCACCACAGAGUCCGAGUCCUCCAGUUUACAUUCUAGCUAGUGUUUGCAUGUGUGUUCUGUACUGUAUAUAAUGUACAUAAAGGAAGUUUACACAAAUAUCUGAGAAACCAUGGAAGCAGUCUGCUGGCCCGUGACUGGUCCUCUCCCUCACUAGGGGUUUCUCAUGUAAAUAAUGUUUUUACAUUGUUUUAAUGCUGCUGUGCUUUUAUACAUUUGUAAAUGUUUCUAAUAAAAUACUUU